AUCCGUUUCUAUUGUCUGCUUGGUAUGCAAACCACGGCGUGGAGCAUUUAUGCACCCUGCUCUCGGACACUGUCAGUGAUCUGAUGCGUCGAGCGACACGUCCCGAUUCACCGGAAUUGUUCCAGCCGCCACCGAUCGCCAGUUUACCCAGCAGUUCUGUUUUGUUACCGAUUAUCGUUCGAAUUCUUCGCUUCACAGCCACUUGGAGCGCACUCGUCCGUGACCAGUUGUAUCAUCAACCGAGUUUGGUUCUCAGUUUGGUUUAUCGUGAAUCUCCUGUUUGUCUCCCGUUUGGUGUGACGAACGGUUAUCGAUUACCGUUCAUCUGUCCUGCCUAUUCGUUCCGUGUGUUAUGGAAAGAACACGAACCCGAGAACGCCUUCAGACCGCUCUCUGAAAUCCUCACCCAUCCAGAUGAGAGUCUGGACGCAAAUUCUCUCCUACUAGAAACCCUAGUGCGUCGAAGUAUUCGAUGCUCAUGGUCCAUUGUCUGGCACGGUUCGAGUGUUUCGCUUGCGUGUCACUGUUUGGCCAUGUUGGGUGCCCUACCAGACGCACAGAAGAUCGAUCCCAUCAUUUUAGAUCGGAAUUUCAAAUGGGCUCGUGAAUAUUCCCCUCCUUCUAGUCUGGUCGCUCUUUCUACCUCAGAUCUUGCUCUGAUUUUGCUAAGUCAUCCUGUGUCAAGUUGCCUGCUCAGUUUAGCCGCUGUACAACAGGCCAGUAGCCAUGCUACUCUGGUUCAGGCGCUAAGCAUGUUUCUACGCUCUGUUCACUCACACCGGCUGCAAGAAGACACACGUUUGAUUCCGUCCGAGCCCGUCGAAUCGGGCCAACGUUGGCCAGACUCAAUGUGCUGGUGGCACCGAGCUCAGCUAGAUCGGUUCCUGUGCACACUGCCUGCGUGUUCGGCUGAUUUCCAUCUCCUCUCCUCCUUGCUGGACACAAUAGAUGAAGCUGCAUUACGUACUACUGUUCCCAGUGUCCUCGUUCUCGGACCUGAUGUUCCGCUUUUCCAAUGGUUAUUAUCAGCCUUGGUGAAUUCCAACGGUCCUUUGGCCUACUGUUUACUACAACCGGGUGCCGGUGUUGGGGAGACCGAUAGUCGACGUUUGGUUUCGGCCAAACGUCGACUCAUCUAUCAUCAACUGCCCCGUCUCCUGUCCACCUUGACAGCACGACUGGGAGCUGCUCAGUUCACGAAGCUUGCUCGAGACGGUUUGACCGAGAGCCAACACAGGUAUGUUGUCGCGUCCUUGAUCAUGUUGUUCGCCCAUUUUCGUCUCUUUAACAUUUAUUUUGCCUAUCUUCGUUUUGUAGAUAGUUUUCCCAUCAACGGUUCAUGGUCACCACGUAUUAUGUGA